AUGGAUAUUAGGCGAAGGGCAGAUUCAGAGAAACGGAUUGUACAGGCGGUGGGAAAGAUUAGUAUACAGGAGUCUCUGGCAAGCAAGAAGAAGGAUAUGUAUGUUAGGGGACUAAGUUCGAAUGUGAAGUCUGGGUUGGAGACGUACAGGAGUGCUUUGAAGGAAUGCCAAGCCGAGAUGCGGCGGCUGAGACCGGUUGAAGGGAGUGGUUUGAGGUGUUCUUCAUGGAUGUACCAGGUACCGUACUUCCGGGAGUUGAGUGAAAAUGUGGUGAGGGUGUCCAAGGAGGAGCGGGAGUUGUGUCGGACACAGGUGGAUGAAUAUCUCGAUCAGCUGGGCGCUCGGUUUACGAAUGUAGAUCAUCAGUAUACGACGAAGCUGGAAAGUAUGCUACAGGAGAUGAACGCUGAUUGGGAAUUGGAGCAUGGGGAAGUUCCUCCGAAGGUUUCCAUUUUGAAGCGGUAUGUGUUUUCUAAUGAGAAGAACGAGCCGGUGGAGCAGGCUGCGCAAGAAGAGAAAAGGUUGAAACUGAUUAAUCUACGGGUUGAGUAUGAUAAUAAGGUUGCGGCGAUUAGAAGUCUGCAGGGACCUAAGGUAUAUACGCUGCCGGGGACACCUGGUUGGAAGGAGUUAGGCGAAUAUUUUCAUUUACUGCAAGCGCGGAACACGAUCCUGUUUUCCGUUGACAUUGAAGCGUACGAGUUGGCAGGCUCGGUAAUAACAGAGGUUGGGUUUGCUAUUUAUGAUCCCCGUGAGAAUCAGAAUCUUUUGAGUCCCGAAUUUCGGAGUUUUCACCUAUGUCCCAGUGAGUCCUUAGGGUUGGUGAAUGAGAAGUAUGUUCCAAAUCACAAAAGUAUGUUUUUAAUGGGCGAGACUUUAGUCAUGCCGUUAGCACAAUGCAUAGAAUUCAUCCAAGGUCUUGUAAAUUAUUAUUUGGUUCCAAAACCAGAUAUUGAUGAUUCCUAUGAUAGGGCUAUUGUCGGUCAUGAUGUCCAAUCAGACUUGCACUGGCUAAAGGGCAUGUUCGUAGAUUUACCGCAUGUCACUGGAAUACAUUCUGACGAUAAAAAUUGUGUUAAAAUCCUAGACACAUCCCACCUGUAUAAGCGGUUGUACGGGCUUAAGGGCUGUUCCCUGGGUAAGGCAUUAAGAUUGCAUGGUAUUCCGCAUAGUUAUCUUCACAAUGCAGGGAAUGAUGCCCACUACACAUUACAGUUGCUCAUGAACAUGGGUGAUGUACAGCGUAGAGUACAAAGAGGCUGGGAUGAUUUAUACGCAGUGCAUCAUACUCUACAACAUUGGGAAGAACUAGACGCACUUUUAUCUACAUCCCCAAAUGUUUCCGCGAUUAGCCCUGAAUCUAAAAGUACCGGCACUAAGGUAAAGAGAACAAGAACUUCAAGAGCAAUCAGAAACUGGGACACUCAUCUUAGCGGAAUGGUCUAUCAUGAAAAUCUACAAACCUUUAUCCAAUCUAUUUAUGUUCCGGAAAGUUCUUGCAUAUAG